AUGAACGCAACAUUGGCAAGAGUACCUGUGGAACCCUUCAACCUGCAGGGAGAUACUGGCAACAUGGGGCAGAGAUGGAAACGCUGGCUGGAAAGGUUUGAAAACUACGUGACGGCGAUGGGCAUCAAGCCAACGCCAGAGCAGGUGGAUUUGCCGUUUUUUCAUCAUGAAACAGACAAUGCCGAAAAUUGGUGCCAACAGGUAGAAAGCAUAAAAACGGAGUUUGAGUGGUCCGAUCUACAAUUGUUGGUACGUUUGAGAAGGUAUUUAUCGGAUGAGGCCAAAAACUGGUAUGAAAAUUGGAAUAAUUUUAAUCGUACAUGGGCAUCGUUUAAAAGGGAUUUUGUAGAAGCUUUUCCUGCAAGACAAAUUCUGGGACGUUUGUUUAACGAGGCUGCAGCGCUUACAAGUGAUUCUUUUAAUUCUUACACAACAUACGUGCACCAGAAAUUGUCCUUGCUAAAAAAAUUGAGAGCAUCAUGGUCCGAUAGCGACCUUAUUGAGUUAAUUGUGUAUGGAAUUACCGAUGAUAAAGUUCGAGAAUCUGCUGGAAUGCGUAAUUUCGAUAAAAUUUCUGAUUUAAUUGCUUACGUAAGUACUGUACCAAAAGUAUUGGUUGCUAUAAAACCGCAUGCGAGUACAAAUGAACCGCCAGCCAAAAGGGCGCGCAUUGAACGUUACCACAGCCAGGGAAAACCGUCCAAACAAGAAAUUAAAUGUUUCCAAUGUAACCAAGUUGGCCAUGUCAAGCGUCAUUGUCCAAAUAAUACACGCACCGAAAUACCAAAACCUGCUCCAACCAGAGAUCAGAAAAAAGACCGUUUACAGUGCGAUUUCUGCUUCAAACCCGGUCAUGAGGAAUCAAAUUGUUUUACAAAGCGAGCUAUUGAAAAACGGAAGAACACGGUAAACAAGGCGUAG